AUGCUCUACAAGGCAAGGGAGAUUGAUGGCGAAAAUUGCUUAUCAAAAAAGUGGAUAGUUCGAACUUGGAAACCGGACAGUUCUAGUGGUUGGGUAAUAGCUAAAGAAGAAAGCGCCUUUAUUGACGGAAUGGGUUGGGUUCGUAUAAUUAUAGGGGAUGAUUUACGGCCUCAAAUGAAGGAUAGACUUAGCGUUUUUUGUUCUGAAAGCCCUCUGUGUGGGUAA